AUGGUGGAUGUGGAGGUUGUCUUCGCCGUCGUCAGCCUCCUGGCCGUCGCUACAGUGGCCUACCUGCUUCGCAAGUGCGCCCGCAACGCCGCGCCUGCUGCGGCCACAGCGCCGCCGGUGCGCCCGCGGGAGGAGCGCGCCUGGGCAGCUGAGGGGGACGUGGACGUCGAGGCCGGGCUCGACGAGGCCGCGCUCAAGGCGCUGCCCAAGGUGGUGUACGGCGAGGAGGAGGCGGAGGCGGGCAAGACGGCCGCUGCGUGCUGCGCGGUGUGCCUGGGCGAGUACGCCGGCGGGGACGUGCUCCGUGUGCUGCCCGAGUGCGCGCACGCCUUCCACCAGCACUGCAUCGACCGGUGGCUGCGGAUCCAGUCGACGUGCCCCGUCUGCCGAUCGUCGCCGGUGUCCAGCCCCGUCGCGACGCCGCUAUCCGAGCCCGCGCAGUCCUGA